GCUGCGGCCCCCUCUGGCCUCGGGCGGCCGCCGCCGCCGCCGCGGCGGGCCCCGCGGAAUGGGGCAGCGGCGCCGCCCAGAGGUCAUGCCCGCCGCCCGGCCGCACAGCCUGGUCGCCCUGCUGGCCGGCGCCUGCGCCGGCGCCGGGGCGCCCGCGCUGGCCGGCUGCCCCGCGCGCCUCCUGGAGGUGGUCGAGGGCGGCGGCGGCGACGGCCCCGCGCACGACGAAGUGCGACUCGUGGACGCCGGGCUGGCGCUCCUCGCACAGCAACGGCCCCCGCUCUUCGUCGUGCCCGCGCUCGGGGUCUACCGCGGCGGCAAGUCGAUGCUGCUGAACCGGCUGCAGGGGCGCCAGGCGCCCUACGCGGAGGGCUUCCGGGUCGGCCACGGACAGGGCUCCCACACGCGCGGCGUGGACAUCUGCCCCGAGGAGGUUGAGGGCCUCGGCACGGUGGUCUGGAUGGACACCGAGGGCCUGUUCUCCUGGGAGGACGCCCACGGCGCGCACGGGUCGAAGAUCUUCAGCCUGGCGCUGCUGGUCUCGUCGGCGGUGCUGCUGAACAGCGUCAAGGUCCUGAACGCCAGCUUCUUCGCCUUCUUCGGCCAGCAGCAGCAGCUCGCCCGGGCGCUGCGCGAGGGCCUCGCGGCUCAGGGCCUCCCCGUCGACGCGCUGCUGCCCGCCGGCGUGAGCGCCUUCUGGCUGCUCUCGGAGCCCGUCGCUGGCGGGAGCCGCGCGGGCCACGGCCAGCUCGAGGAGUUCCUGGCGGCCCCUGGGGACGAGGUCCGCGCCCGAGUGAGGAGGGACUUCGCGCACCAGCUGCACGAGGUGCCUCGGGCCACGGACGACUCCCGCCUGUGGCGGCAGCUGCAGGACGUCCCGGACGCCGGCCUGCUGCCUGAGUACGUGGCUUCCUGCCGCGAGCUGCGCGACAAGGUGCUGCUGGCCCUGCGGGGCGCCCGGCCCCGCACGGCCUCCGACGUCGUGGCCCAGCUGCGGAUGUGGGCGCAGCUGGUCCAGACAGGGCGGUUCAGCGGCCCGCUGGCCCAGGGCGCCUUCGAGGAGGCCCAGGCGAGCCGCAUCUGCGACCUCUACGGCCGCACCGCCGCGGAGGCGGCGGGCGUGCUGCCGUCGAGGGCCCUGGGAGGCGCCCUGGAGGCGGCGCGGCGGGCCGCCGACGCCGAGCGCCAGGCCGCCGCGGAGGCCUUCCACCUGGGCGCGGGGUGGUCGCGGCGGCUCGAGGAGUGCUGCCGCGGCCGGCGGGCCGACCUCGAGAGGUCCAACAUGGAGCUCGUGCUGAGGCAGUGGAAGGCCGACGCGCGUGGCAUCGCCGAGGAGGGGGGCUGCUUCUUCCUGGACCGCCUCGGCGGCCUCCUGGCGGAGUACGAGUCGGCCUACGCGACGGGGCUGGGGCCGCGCUUCGGGGCCCUCGCCUGGGAGCACGGCGCCGAGCUGCAGCGCGCCGGCUUAGUGGAGUGCGUGCGGCUCGGCGACGUGCUGCGGCCCUUGCUGCCGCUCGUGGCGCCGUACCUGCUAGGCAGCGUGUGCUCCGCUCGGCGGUUCCGCCUCGCCGCGGCGCUGCUCGCCGCGUACUGCGCGCUGCAGCACUUCGGGCGCCUGCCCCCGUGGCUCGACGCGGCGUACCCGGUGCUCCAGCGGCACCCGCCGUUGCUGAGGCUGGCGGUGGGCGCGCCGCCGGGCGUGUGGGCUUCCGCUCGCCGGGCCCUCCGCGGCCUCGGCGUCGCCUGGCACGCCCAGAGGGCGGCGCGGUGUGCGGCGCCCGCGUGCCAGGCCGUCCUGGGGUCGGCGCAGCAGCUGGCGGCGGCUGCGGCGCCAGAGGGCUGCGGCUGGCGGGUGGUCGGCAAGAGGCUCUCGCUGGCCACGGCGCUGGCCCUCGCGGCCGCCGCCGCCUGCGACGGCGGGCGUCUGCCGCUGGCCCUGACGCUGUGGCGGGAGGCCGGGAGGAGC